GGCUCUCUGUCUCUCUCGGCGCGGUCACCCAUAUCAUCGGUUCUUCGACGGCAUCCGUGACGGUCCCCGAACACCUCCGGUGGCUGUGUGUGGUCCCCUUCUUUUUUCUUAGACGGUUGAUUCCGUGCAGUCCGCGAUAACGAAGACGACGCCGAAUCGUCUACGAUCAUCGCCAGGGUGACGAUUUUUCGAGUGACUUUUCGCAGAAUCAAUUCCAAAACAAUUGCGCAUUUCGCGAUUGUAAAUGUCUCGUAAUCGCAAAGUCGUCGAUUAAACGUGAGUGAUUAAGAUCAAAAAAAGAUCUUCAAAGUGCGACCUGACUUGAGGGCAAGUGAUAUUCCGAUCGGUGAGACUCUGUUAUUUUCCGUUCCGAAGGCGCUCGGAGACUUCGACGACUGAUACGGAGGAUGUCACGCUUCGUGGACCACCCUGGCUGCCGCGGCCGUCGCCGUGUCGCGGUGGCUACGACCCUGCCGGCGAUCUUGCGGUGAACGUCGCGCAUGCAUGUUUCCUUCCUAUGCUGUAUAUAUACCGACGUAACGUGCAACGUAGUGUGACUCUCGACGAGUGUCAUUGGUGAGUCAAUAAAGCUUCAGAGAAACGACGCGGGUCGUAAGCGAAGUUUAGCCGAUGUGGUCUCCAGCGAUAUUGACCGGUUUCUUCGAGUGAUGAUUUCUCCGUGGAAGAAAGAAGCCGGUGUUGUUGUUGUUGAGUCGAUAGGCGGACGUGUGAUUUACCCGAAGAAGAAUAGUGCGUUAAGGACGAGCGCAGAGCGCGAGUGACAGUACGCGUUUAGUGUGCGUUUCUUCUUUGUCUAUGUUUUCGUCCAUGGAAAAUUGUACCAAUCAGGAAUUAAUGCACGCCGGAAAUUACAGCAUGGAGGACAUAAGCGUCACGGUCACCAGCACUACUACGACAAGUACGAACACAGUCUAUCCUAAUAUAAAUGACAUGGAUUGGUUCGCCGGUGUCGCCGAGGAAGAAUUGCUAUAUUAUACCGGUGUCAGCAACGAUGUCGAUUCCUUAUGGGCUGUUAUUGGCAACUUUGUACCGCCACCACCUAGACCACCUUUUUUACCCGAAGAGAGCAUCGCCACCGAUGGACUCACCACCUGCGACUUGUGUUCCUGGGCAUGGAGAAACGAUAGGCAUUCUUUCCCCCGGAAAACGGUGGAUGGUACCCUUGAAGCUCCUGGAGAACUUGGAUGGGUGCUGACUCUAGUGAUAGUAUCCUUAGUAUCAGCCGGUAUCGGGGCUGUGGUGAUGAUGACCCUCCUUCAUUGUCGAAGGAUAAAAAGUGCCGGUGGCAGAGCAAGCUGCUGCGGUGUCGGCGUGGAAGAUUCGAGCGUACCCGAUGUCGGCGGACCCGCAGGGUCGGGUGGUACCGGCGGCGGGGUGGCCGUCAUACCCGAUCGGCCACCUCUCGAAUUAGACAAAUUACCGCCUUAUCACGACGUAGCGCCUAGCCCCGGACACAACGUAUGGUCAUGGUUGGGCUCUAGACGAGGCGGCGGUACCCCGGGGGUCGUCACGACCCCUCUCUCUCUCCCUCAGCAUCGACGGGCGAUGAAUCUCCCGGUCGAGAAUCACUACACCCACAUGCAGACCGACGAGGCUCUGUACGCGGAACUGGACUCGCAAGCCGCGAGCUACGCAAGCGAUCUACAGUUACAAAUGAGAGGAAGCUCAACGUACGGUACGACUUCCGGCGGCCAGGACGACGAAUAUCACGAACUGGACGCGGCCAGAUUACAUCGUCAUUACGGAGGCAGCGACGGAUCGCUACAAACUGAUACACUUCGCACUCGGCACAGUAAAAGGAUACAAGAGCCGGACUAUGAGAUGUACGAGAACGGGCCGUCGACGCCGGUGCCGCCGGGUCAGCAUCAGCACCAUCAUCAUCAUCACCAUCAUCACAACCAUCAUCAUCAUCAUCAGGAAUUGAGGAUCGGUAGCAGGAACAGCGAGCAUCCUUCGUAUCAAAAUACGGCGUAUACCGGAAGCGACGCUGAACCGGAUGGACCGACGUUGAGCAGCGCUCCCAGCAGUGCCUACUAUAGCGAUCUCAGCUCAAACUCGGUAAAUCAACAGAUGCCGGCUACUGCAGUAUCGUCCGCGACGACGACGACGACGACGACGAACCUACACCUGAAUCCGCAAAACCUGGACGCGCCGCAAUAUAGACUCGCGGCGAUCAACGAGAACACAGUGCCUUCGGAUUAUAUUUAAGAAAUGUUUCUUUCGAAACGCGGAUGACGAGAUGAAGUUUAAAAUAGACAAUUUCACCCAUGUGCGUUUAUCCUGCGUGUGAGAGAAGAACUUUUGCGUAAUAUUUAUAAUUUAACUUUAUCCACAACAAGGAUAAUAGAAGUUGUAUUCUUGUACUAAAAAAUAGAAAUAAAACGAGCGGAUCACAGAAGAGAUAAAAAGACUGUGAAAUUUUUUGUCACUGUCGUCGUGACUCGAAAGUUUUUUUUUCAAGACAAUGUUUCACGGUGCUCAGUUUUCAGCUUUGUUCGUACAAGAAGAAUUAAAAGGAUCGGGUAAGCGUCCGGCAAGAGCGUUAUUUAACCGGCGGAUGUAUCGGGGACCGGUUCCGGAUGAAAUCGAUUUCUUACUCGGCAACGUUCCAUUUGCUCCUUUGUCGCCACACUUUGCGGUCCUGUUAAGACAAUCGACACGCGAAUCGACGAAUCAAGCGUCGCGAAUCGAUCAGCAGCGCGGCGCGUUCUCCCCUACUUUUGCACGUUGAUAAAAUACUAGGUAUUCAAUGUCCCGAUACUUUUUUAAACGAAAGACAAGCGGAAGAUAAACCGGUUGGCAGGUAAGUGACCAGAGCAAAUCGUGCCAGCGGAAUUAAUACACGAUUAAGCGCUAUAUCCUUCGCGAUAUCGACAAAAUCUGUAGUUUUGACAAGAAUGUUCACCGUUAGCUGUUAACCGCGACUGAGCACGAGAUUGCGCUUGUUAGAACAAUGAUGAAUUUAUGUUCACGUUCGAUGCAUCGUAACUGCAUCGCAGCACGCGAAUAUUUCGAGUAACUGAUGCCGGUUCAGGCGUGACGCUUGGUGCACGUGACGCAAAAACGUAAUGAUACCGUGUGCACCAAGAAUCAUGCGUUGCGGUUUCCAAUCAGCAAUAACAUGUCAGAUAUAAAUUGACACUGCCCAGACAUUUCUGCGAAAUUCAACUAAUAUCUGGGGAAAGAAAUGGACCCCCAUUAUUUCUGCUAUCGUUCAUAUCAUUCAAAAGGGAAAAGCAAAAUUUCAGAUAUAUAUUAUGUGAAUGAUUGGCAUAUAAAACACCAUUUUUGUUUAAAUUACUCUUCUAAUGCAAUAAGAUUGCAUCUAGCGCGGAUAAUUUUGCAUUAAAUUGAACAA